UUCGAGGAUGCCUACCUAACGCCGUCCUCUCCAACCGUUCCGAUAAGGGAAAGAAACAGUAGGCACAAGAAUCAAUGGCGUCUUCUUCCGCCUCUUACUGGCUCACAGCUUCCUUGGCCUUCAUCCUCACCGUCCAGCUCCUCCUCCUCCGCGAGUCCCAGGCUCAACUGAGCUCCACAUUCUACGACAGCUCGUGCCCCAACGUGUCGUCGAUCGUGCUCGACCAGGUUCAGCAGGCUCAGAAGUCCGACACUCGGAUCCUCGCCAGCCUCACUCGACUCUUCUUCCACGACUGCUUCGUAAACGGUUGUGAUGGAUCCAUUCUGCUGGACAACAGUUCUACCAUAGUGACCGAGAAGGACGCCGUUCCAAAUAAUAACUCUGCGCGGGGGUUCGACGUCGUCGACAACAUCAAAGCUGCAGUGGAGAAUAGUUGCUCAGGCAUCGUCUCCUGCGCCGAUAUCUUAGCUCUCGCAGCUGAAGUUUCUGUGAACUUGUCAGGAGGACCCAAAUGGAGCGUGCUACUGGGAAGGAGGGACGGAACCACCGCCAACAUCACCGCUGCAAACAACCUGCCGGGCCCCCGCGACAACCUCACCACGCUGCAACAAAAGUUCAACGAUGUCGGCCUCAAUGACACCGAUCUGGUUGCUUUGUCGGGCGGUCACACCUUCGGCCGCGCGCAGUGCCGCUCCUUCAGCAACCGGCUCUACAACUUCAGCGACAACAGCACCACCGACCCGUCGCUCAACUCCACCUACUUGACCACCCUACAGAACAACUGCCCGCAGGGAGGAAACGGCAGCACUCUGAAUAAUCUCGACCUGACCACGCCGGACACCUUCGACAACAAGUACUACACCAACCUGCAGACCAAAGAGGGGCUCUUACAGUCCGACCAGGAGCUCUACGGCACCGGCGCCUCCACCGCCUCCAUCGUCGACCAAUUCGCGGCCAACCAGACCGUCUUCUUCGAGAGCUUCAUCGCGGCGAUGAUCAACAUGGGGAAUAUUAGUCCGCUGACGGGCAGCAAUGGAGAGAUCAGGAGCGACUGUAAGAAGGUCAAUGGCGCAUCCGAGCGGUAUACGAUCAGGAUGGCUGUGAAAGAUCUCUCGAGUGCUAAAGCUUGAACGUAGAAGCGUGGGAAGUUGCUUGGGAAAGUGGAUCUUUGCUUCGAGUACAAGUGGAGGAAGAAGGACUCUUCCUUCUUCCUCCUCCAGUUUGUAGUGAAUCAAGAACUAUAAUAUGCACCAUCUACCUGGGAUUUCUCACUAGAUUUAUUUUCGUUUUCA